AUGGGCCAAGGAGCUGGCCAGGUUGCGGCUGAUGAAGGCGAUGCCCCAGAUGCCUUGCUUGGAACGGAAGCUACAGAUGCGGUGCCGCAGAGCUAUGCGGUUGCAGAGGAUGCCAAAGAAGAGGGUUCAAAGCCUUCGCAGCCUUUGCGCCGGCAACGCCACUCCGUCGUGCACCUGCUCGAUGAUGACAGAACACAGCUGUUGCGGACAUGCUUUUGUCCGUGGGCAACGCUGCAAGAUGUCCUCAAUGCAGAUGCUGUGUGCAAGCGCUGGCACCAGCUGUCCCGAGAGGAGCAGUGGAUGGAGAUGUCCAUCCUCAACGGCGGGGUCUCGGCGAGUUUACGACGAGGCCUUUGGCGACACCUCUCAGCUGUGCAAGAAAUUGAGCAGCGCUACCAGCACGAGCUUGGCGUGGCCUCGGCCGCAGAGGCCUUCGAAGCGCUGCUCCACCAGCCGCUGUCACAGGCCAAGAUCUCGGAGAUCGAGCGAGACGUUCACCGCACUUAUCCGAGCCAUCGGCGCUUCGAAGGCCAGGAAGGUGCCGAAGGGAGAGCCGAGCUGCAGCAGGUCUUGCAAGCCACAGUCGUGGCAGAGCCCAAUGUUGGCUACUGCCAGGGUAUGAAUUUCGUGGCAGCCACCCUGCUGAUACAUCUCGGAUCAGCCAGCGAUGCGUUUUGGCUGUUGCUCGCGUUGCUGGAAAGCUAUCACUACAGAUUCGUCUUCGCGCCUGGAGUCCCGCUUCUACCGCUUCGAGUUUUCCAAUUUGCCGGCAUCGUGCAGAGAUGCCUGCCCAGACUUUGGCGACAUCUCCGAGAGGAUGGACAUUCCUUGGAGAUUUUUGCCCACCAGUGUGUGUUAACGCUUUUCUCCUACAGCUUGGAGCCCGACCUGCUUGCGUAUGUCUACGACGCCUUUUUCCUCCAGGGUUGGAAGGCUGUCUUCCGAAUAGGUGCAAGCCUGCUGGCAUUUCUGGAGGAGCAGCUGUUACAGAUGAGCCUGGAGGACAUCUCACACCACUUGCACCAGUGCAAGAAGCACCUCCGUCUGCCGCAAAGAAAGGGGCAACUUGCAGCUGCGUUUCGUGUAUUGCUGCGCUUUGACGUGGGUCUCGGCAGCCUUGAGGAGCUGGAAUCGGCCUUCCAACUCCAGCGGCUGGAGGUGCUGCUGUCCCAGGUGUCGCUCACCACCGACCUAGAUGUGCAGGCUGGCAAGCGCCUUGUUCAGCAGCCACAAACCAGGUAA